AUGUUGAAGCCGUCUUCAGAUGGGUCGGUGAAGAAAUGGGUAUCGGAUAGGAACAACGAACGGGUUGCCGCUCAGCAGGCCUUCGCCACCGACCCAAAAUACAAAAAAUAUACGCAACAGGUUGAGCGGUGUCUCAACUCCUUCGACAAUGUCCAUGAGUGGGCAGACUGCAUUGCGUUUCUCAAACAACUGCUCAAGACAUUCCAGUCUUACAUGCAGUUCAAGGAGAUCCCGCGCAAGUUGAUUGUCGCGAAGCGGCUCUCGCAAUGUCUCAACCCUGCUUUACCAACUGGAGUCCACCAACGCGCUUUGGAUGUUUAUUCGCAUAUUCUCGCAGUUCUUGGAUCCGAAGGUCUGAAACGGGAUUUGGCAGUGUGGUCGUCUGGAUUGUUUCCUUUCUUCGAGUAUGCUGCAACCUCAGUCAAGCCUGCAUUGCUAAAUCUGUACGAAAUCCACUACCUACCUCUCCAAACAUCGCUGCGGCCAAUCAUGAAGUCGUUCAUCAUUGCCCUGUUGCCUGGUCUGGAAGAGGAAACGGGAGAGUUCUUCGAAAAGGUCUUAGGGCUACUCGAUAGGCUGUCAGGCACUGUGUCGCCUUCAUUUUUCUUCCAAAACAUGUGGCUGGUGAUGCUGACGACGCCUUCGGCGCGCGGAAACGCCCUCAACCUUCUUUCUCGUCGGCUACCUCGCCUUAACGCGGAAGAAGACAUAACUCUGAUCAUUGGACGUGAUAUCGGACUUAUGAUUCGUUCUUUCGCCGCCGCCCUUGAAGACGACAACCUCCUCGUCCGACGAGGAGCCCUUGAUUUACUCCUUCAAUCCAUGCGUGUCGACAGCGUCGCGAUACGACAAGCUCAAGCGGAAGACCGCGCUAUUCUGAUGCGUGCAGCGACCAGUGUUGUCCUUCGGCGUGACUUGUCUCUGAAUCGUCGGUUAUAUACGUGGCUUUUGGGUCCAGACGAAAACAGCGAGCACCAGAUCGCCUACCUACGCGAACACGCUCUGGUUUUACUUCGAUCCACUCUCAAGGAGGAAAUGACUUCGCCGUCUGGAGAAUAUGCCGAGUCACGGCCUUUCAAAAUCUUCAUUUCACUGUUGGACAAGUGGGAAAUUGGCGCGUCGUUGACUGAAUCGUUGGUUUUCGACGCUUUCAGGGCGAUCAAGUACUUGAUAGAGACUGCGGAUGGUGCUGAAGAGGUGACCAUGACUGCGAGCACGCUGUACGAGGCGGUAGAACCUCCUGUUCUAUGGAAGCAGUUGCUUGGCGCCGUUUUCAACGAAAUUUCGGGCACUGGGACAGAGACAGAGGCAAUUGAAAUGAUUCUGUUCGUCCUCAAAACAUUCGUCCAAGAUGAAGAGGUCCGGACCAUACACCUCCCAAUCAUCUUUGCUUCUCUUGUCGAUUUGGUUGACAUCGAAAUACAAUUGAAUCGCGAGAAGGCCUUGACACCCGCUGUUCGCUCUACUCUAAUACUCCUUGAAGCUAUUUUGCAGCAGAUUCCGCACGCGGCGCUCCUGCAACGACCAGAACUUACUGGCGAUAUGGAAAAGGCUGCCCAAUCGCAACGGCCAUAUACCUUUGCCACCAACUUCUAUGGUUGCAAAACGUCGCGCGAGGACACUGAGCUUCCAGAGGGACCAUUCACCACUCCAUUCGCAUCGUCAUUCCAGAGUUUAGCCACAACAAGUACGACUUGUUCGCAAUUCUUGGUCGAUGGGUGUUCGACACCAGCUUCCCUUCGAGAAGUAUUAGCACAGUCUUUGUUGUUGAUGGAUCGACUUUCAACUCGACUGGAAGCACCAAUGACAAUAUCCUGGAAGCCUCAAGAAUGGCUACCAUCGGUACUGGCGAUAUUCGAGCACGAGUCUUGCAACUUUACGGUCGUUGAUCGUGCAAUUUCCCUGAUUGUUGCACUGCAUGCUACCCCGACGCUGUUGCCAAAGCUUUUGGUAGACGACCGACCGACAAUGUACAAGAUGGUCACGCGAUUACUGGAAUAUCUUCGUCCGAAUCUCACUGUCUACCACGCCCGUUCCGUCAACCUCAUCUGGUCCCUUGAGAGGGCUACAAGCAGAUCUCAUGUGGAGUCGAUUCUUGCUCAAACAAUGACAUCGCCGGAGUCACGGAACGUCCAAGAUGCAUAUGAGGCGUUUGGAGUCUUGUGGAGAUUGACUGAGGACACUUUACUUCCUGGCUUCCGGUUCAGGGUUCCCAUGAUGAUCGUUCUUGACACGCUUAAGAACGAUGACCCUGCCCUUCGCCGCAUAGGAGAAACUUGGAUGAGAUGUAGUCUCAAAUCGUAUCUGCGAGUUUUAGACCCAAUCUUGUUUGAUCUACUAGACCCAGGUAUCCGUCGACUACCAACGACAACCAAGGUCAAAGGCAAAGAGCUCCAAGGCUUCUUCUAUGAGCGGCCAUUUGAUCAACGUUAUGUAAACCAUCUAUUGGAUAUGCUCCUUGGUAUCACCCGUUUUGGUGGUCAAGGUUUUGCCAAAACCACGCGGAGCACUCCAAUUAAGCGGUCCCACCAUUCGGGGUUGAUUCAACGAGUUGAAUCUGGCGGCUUUCCUGAUGCUGAACCGACUUAUUUGGAUGUUCUUGUUGAAAUACUGAUGCGAUUCUUGCAAUCCGAACCCAAACCAGCUUCUGAAAGUGUGAUGCAUCCCAACAACCUCGCUAUCCAGUCAACUUCGAUUGACUUGUUACAAUCCAUUGCUGCUCGGGGAGAAAUGGACCCGGUCACUGUCGAAACCAUCGAGGCAGCUAUCAUUGGCAAACUCUAUUUCUCAAUCCAUCGAACGCGACUCGACCUGCAAAACAAACUCCUGCAUCUACUUCAUUCUCUCAUUUCCGCAUCCGUUGCUCACGAAACCAACAAACAACGACAAGCGGACGCACCAGUCGACGCCACAUCAAAUCCAGACACAUCUCAAGACAUUAGCAGUCGUUCAUUGCCAAUCAACCCACUGCUGAUCCAAACCCUUGUUGACGGCAUUUCCACACCGACAAACCGGCCAGUACUGCAACAUUGGCUGGACUUCGUAUUAAUGGCAGUUCCGCAAUUCCAACCCGCAUUGCAAGCGGCGGUCACCCCACUCAACGAGUGUAUGUGUAAGCAGUUGCUGGCCUCGCUGGGAGAUGUGUUGCGUGUGACAUUCGAGGAUGGGUUAUUCAAAGACGACCUCAAGUCAAGUGCGACCGACGCGGAGCUCGUCAUGCUCCUUGGUGGGCUAGAGCGAAUGGUCCUCUUGAGCUUGGCGUAUCCCGCAGAGCCAUCGAGUUCCGAUGAUGAUCCGACUGUUCCAGAGAAGUCGGCAGAGGGCGGCGGGUUGCUGGGAUACGUUUCGACGGUGUUUAGCUCGGAAAGCACACAGAAUUCUCCGGAUGACCAACUCACGGCCAAGUCCGCUGGCUAUCGCUCGCUCCAUGAAGGGGUAAGGGUGCUGUAUCUCGUUUGGUCAACACUAGCAUGGGAGGAACGCAGGGUGUGGGAGUCAAAAGAUGAGAGUCUUGCCAUGAUCUAUAAUAGGACGAGGAUGAGGUGUCGGAGGGUACUGGAACAUCUUUUCAGGAUGCAGUCGGCAGAGGUGUUUGAGUCCAUUAUCGAUUGUUGGAAUCGGGAGCUCCCUGAGUCACAGGUGCCCUAUGAACAAGCUUUUGAGCUCGUCGAUGUCCUCAUCGCCAGCGCACAAAGUGCAGUUCAUAUGAUCUGCGAAAGCAUCACGUGCCGCGUGUCGGGCAUAUCGGAGAGGAGUAAAAAGCAGGCUAUUAACCCUGACUUAACCGAAUCCGUUCUAUUCAAAUUCCUGGAACAAUACCUCCAACGACUUGAGGGCCCGCUUGCGCUACAAGUCUGGGGCAGGUAUUUACAACUAGUCAAAGAUGUUUCAGGAGGUACCAGAGAGUUCAAGCCGCAGACAUAUCCAGCCUUGAGAUGCUUGACGAUAUUAGCGGAGAAGGUCACGCAAACGACCGCGAUGGAGGAUCGCAAGAUUCGCAAAGAGCUUCAGGAAACGUUUGGGAAACUUCUCGAUUCAUGUGUGGUCUUCGUUGGGCGUGCGUAUGACCAGGGGUCGUGGAUUCGGAGGAGUACGAAGGAUGCUUUGGUCACCAACGGGCGAGAAUCACCUGCUCCUCGAGAUGAGAAACUCUCUUCAAGUGUGACCUCGCUCAGCGACCCUCGACCGGCAUCCUUCGAACUGGCUUCCCAAAUCAACCAAUUUAUCGCUACCACUGCAAUGUCUGGUCUCCGCAAAUUCCUUAUGGACAACGACAAAGUGGUCGCGGCAUGCACGAAUAUUGUCUAUUACAUUGUCAGUCCUGCAAUGAAGGGCAAAUCUUCGUCAUCUGCAUCCAAGCCGCUGGACGUGGACCCGGCGGUGAUGGGCAUGAUAGAAGAGAUGACCAAGAUCCCGUCAACGCUGAAGACGUGGCGCGCCCCGGUUGUCGAGCUGCUCAACGACAACAAACUGUUCAACUGCACUUCAGAAUCGGCAGACAAGUGGAAGUUGAUAUUCAAGGCACUGUUCGACCAAGACAAGGCGGCGUUUCCGGAGCUGUUGGCCAAAGUCGCGACCGCGCCGUCGGCGAAUAUAUUCACCAACCGCGAGUACGAGAUGCUCGUACGGUCGCUGAAUGUCAGGCGGUUGUCGUAUAUCUUGUUCACGGGCGAGAAGAAUUUCUUCCUCACGCUCUUGCCGUCAAUCCAAGAGAAGCUGGUUGAUAUCCUGCGCAAUGUGACUGCGCCAAUUGUGCAGAGCGAGGUGUACCUGUGCAUACGUGUGCUACUGUGUCGUCUUUCGGCCCACAAUCUGACGAGCUUCUGGCCGGUGCUGUUAACUGAGUUGUAUCGGAUAUUCGAACAGCUUAUGACGGCUUUACCACCUGAUGGUGCUGAAGAUUUACAGCUCAUCCUUUCCGCGAGCAAGUGUCUCGACUUGCUGCUGACUUUGCAAUCGGAGGAAUUCCAAAUACACCAAUGGAUCUUCAUCACCGACACCGUCGACGCGAUAUACCGCCCUGACGAGUGCUUCCCCGAGGCCAUGCUCGACCAAAUAGCGGAACUCGUGGCCGACCUUCCCGUCGCUGAGUCACGUGACCCACCAGCGACGAACGGAUUGCUCACAGUCAGCCCUGCUGCCAAUACGCUGACGUUCCCCAAUGGCAGUCAAGUUGCCCGCCCGCUACGGAGGCCGAUGUUGAACACGAUAAGGCAGAUUGAGAGUAUCAGGGACUUGGGCCCGUUCUUUGCGAGUGUGAGCAUGGCUGCGUAUGAGAGUGUGUAUGCGAGUGCGGGGAAUGUGGAUUGGGCGGCGGUGGAGCGGGGGCUGGUGGAGGAUAUGUUUGACGGACGGUGA